AUGGACAUUAAUGAACGAUUUGCUCAAUUAGUAGUUGAUCCUCUUUAUAUUCAUAAUCUUGAUAUGACUAUUAUGAACAUGAAAUCAUUUUAUGAUCGUACUUUUUCAAUAGAUGAUAAAAUUCUUUCAAGAAUAUGUGACAAUAUCUUACCUCGAAUUCAUAAUCAAGUAACUAAACUUACUGUUGAACAACAUUCAAUAGAACGUAUUCUUACCAUCAAUUAUCCCCAACUUUAUUUUUUAACAUUGGUUAAUUUUAAAGAAGAAAUUCUGUUUAAAUAUUUAACAGAUUAUUCAAUUCUUCAUAAUCUUAAAAAUCAAAUCACACAUCUAAAUAUCGAUAUUCAGAAUGAGAUGGGAUCAGAAUUAUCUGAAAUUUCAUCAAAUAUAUUUUUAUUGAUUUUAUCUUUAUGUAAACGAUUAACACAUUUGAAUUUUUGUCAAUUGUUUUCUUAUCGAGAUUCAUCGAUUUAUAUUUCUGAAUUAUCGCGAACAAGUUAUAUAUCAUCAAGUUUAGUUGAAUUAAAAAUAAAUGUCUCAAUUUUUGAUGAUUGUCUUGAUUUGCUUGAUGGAUAUUUGGAUAACUUAACGAAAUUGAUUAUCAAUGUCAAACAAAUUAAAUACAAGCAACGAUCAAAUAUUAACAAUUUGAAACAACUUCCUAAACUGAAGUGCUUCUCACUAACUUCGAUUAAUUAUACACAUGUUUAUGAUGAACACAUUACUCAAUUACUUCAUCAAAUGAUAAAUCUGGAAGAAUUGAUAUUAUUUCUAACAGUAGUAAGAAUUGAUUCCAAUUUUAUUGAUGGUCAUCAAUUAUAUGAUGAAGUUGUUUUUUAUAUGCCGAAAUUAAACAAAUUUCUUUUUAGUAUAAACACAAGUGUUAUACUAAAAAAUAUUGAUAUUGAUUUUUCAUCAAAUGAAUACAUUCAACGUAGUUUUAUUGGAAAAGGAUAUGGACAAGUUGGUUCAUAUGUCUUUCCGAAAUCAAUAAAUAUCGUGCGCAGAUUUCUUGCCUAUCCUGAAUUGAAUAUAAGGGGUGGCGGCAGAUCCCAUAUCUUUUCACUUCCAUAUUCAUUCAAAUAUUUUCUCGAUUUGAACAAUUCUUUUCAAGGUGGCAUGUUUGAUAAUGUUCAAUAUUUAAAGAUGAAUGAUAUACGUCCUUUUGAAUAUCAAUUAUUCAAAAAAAUCUCUGAAAAUUUUCCUUGUCUUAAAGAAUUGAUUAUAUGUAACCGUGAAGCACAAACAGACAAGCAACAUUUAUCGACAUUGAUUAGAUUUCCUCAUCUUAUUCUUCUCAAUCUUGUUAUGACACAUGUUGAUUAUGCUGAACAAUUUCUUUCUGAUAAAAAGACUGAUCUACCUUGUUUGUUGGAUCUCUGCAUCGAAUAUGAAUCACUCAUAAUGGUAACAAACAAUUUUACUAAUAAUGCAACACGUCUUCAUUGUGCGAAAUUAAAAGGACUUCAUAUAAAUAAGCCGUUUGUUCGACCAAAACAUUUUCAUCAAUAUUUUCCUUUAUUAUAA